CAUUCUGGAUGAGGACUCAGAAGCUUCCAGUCUGAGGAAACAAGACCAGCUGAGGAAUUGGUAAGGAAAAGUCAGAGAGAGAUUUCUUGAAGGAAAAGAGCAAUGGAUCUGAUUCCAAACUUUUCCAUGGAAGCAUGGACACUUCUGGCUACCUUCCUGAUGCUCCUCUACCUGUAUGGGACCUCUUCUCAUGGAUUUUUUAAGAAGCUAGGGAUUCCUGGCCCCAAACCUCUGCCUUUUGUUGGGACAAUGCUUAACUAUAGGAGGGGAAUAUCAAAAUAUGAUACAGAAUGCCAUAAAAAGUAUGGAAAUAUGUGGGGGCUAUAUGAUGGGCUGCACCCUGUGCUGAUAAUCACAGAACCAGAUAUGAUCAAGAAUGUGCUAGUGAAAGAAUUUUAUUCUGUCUUCACAAAUCGACAUGUAGGUAUUCCUUUUUAAAAAUGUGAAGAUUAU